UUGGCAUCGGCUCGGGGAACUGCGCGCUCCCGCCCCGGGAAGACACGGGGACCCGAGCUCCCCAGCCCCCCCUGCAGACCAGAAAGUGGCAGGGGGGACCGAGCUAGCUUCCCCCGGCCCUAGGAGGGAAGAGGGGAGGCUUGGCCCUGUGUUGCCUGCCUGUCUCCUCCUCCCCUCUUGCCCUACGCAGUAGCCAGAGAAGAGCCUGCACGCAUAGACGGAGGUGAGCUUCCUAAUCCCCCCCCCCCACACACACACACGCGUGUCAGCAAGGAGAGAGGGGGCACCCUACGUGCAAGUUUAUAGCAGUGCAAGAUACGUCUCUUGUUUUGCUACCCAAAAGAAAGGGGGGGGGGGAGAACUUCCUGUUUUGGAGCAGAGCACGUCCCUCUCCCCUCCAAGGGGUCAGGGCUCUUAUGGAAGAGUGGAGCUGAGCUACCUGUAUCAAAGGUUCCUACCCCCACCAAAGGAGAGAGUGGGGUGGGUCCCCUGUAUGUGGAAGUUUUGACUAUAGAAUCCACUCCGUGUACCUCCUUCCUUUUGGAACUAUCCUAGCAGGACGGUGGAGGCCAUGAAUAGCAGCAGCACUUCCCACUCUCUAACCCAAAGAGUCGUGCACAGAGGAGAUCAAUAGAGGAGGUGGGUUGCGAGCACACCAUGGCGGGGAGUGGCUACAAAGACCUGCGAGAGAAGCUGAAGUCCAUGAUGCCUUAUCGGGACAACUACAAAGGCAACAGCCUACGGGAUCCUACAGAGUCCCCCUAUGGGGCAGUUGGGGGGGUUGCCGCUGCUGGGGAGCGAAAACGCAAGUACCAUGAGGACUCUGACUCUGAGCCCAGUGACUACGAGGAGGAGCAGCAGCAGAAGGAGGAGGAGGAGGCCCGGAAAGUCAAAAGUGGCAUCCGGCAGCUUCGUCUCUUCAGCCCAGACGAGUGUGCCAAGAUCGAAGCCCGAAUUCAGGAUGUCGUAUCUAGAGCUGAGAAAGGCCUCUAUAAAGAGCAUACGGUGGACAGGGCCCCUCUUCGGAACAAGUAUUUCUUUGGAGAGGGCUACACAUAUGGGUCCCAGCUGCAGAGGCGAGGCCCUGGUCAGGAAAGGCUGUACCCUCAGGGGGAGGUGGAUGCCAUCCCAGAAUGGGUGCAUGACCUGGUGAUCCAAAAGCUCGUGGAGCACAGGGUGAUCCCUGAGGGCUUUGUGAACAGUGCGGUGAUCAACGACUACCAGCCUGGUGGCUGCAUUGUCUCCCACGUGGACCCUAUCCACAUCUUUGAGAGACCCAUCGUCUCCGUGUCUUUCUUCAGCGACUCUGCCCUCUGCUUUGGCUGUAAGUUCCAGUUCAAGCCCAUCAGAGUCUCCGAACCUGUCUUGUUCCUGCCAGUGAGGAGAGGGAGUGUCACUGUGCUAAGUGGAUAUGCAGCUGAUGAAAUUACGCACUGCAUUCGACCGCAGGACAUCAAGGAGAGGAGAGCUGUCAUCAUUCUUAGAAAAACAAGACUAGAUGCUCCUCGAUUGGAAACAAAAUCGCUGAGCAGCUCUGUGCUGCCACCAGGUUACACCUCUGACCGUCUAUCAGGAAGCAACAGGGAUCAGAUCCUGAAACCAAAGCGGUCCCAUCGCAAAGCAGACCCUGAUGCUGCUCACAGGCCACGGAUUUUAGAAAUGGAUAAGGAGGAGAACAGGCGCUCGGUCCUCUUACCAAAACAUAGGAGACGGAGCAACUUCAGCUCUGAGAACUAUUGGCGAAGGUCUUACGAGUAUACAGAGGACUAUGAUGAGGAGGAGGAGGAUGGAAGUCCAGCCCGCAAAGUUAAAAUGAGGCGACAUUGAGGCAUGAGCUUUCCGGAGUCUCAAAGCUGAAGAGAUUGGCCUCCAGUCUAUGAAAACUUCUCCCUCCCCCCCUCCCUCCCUUCUCCCCCCCGGCUAUUUCUCAUCUAGCUUCAGUUUUGUUGUUUCCUUUCAGGCUGAAGAGUAAUUGGGAAGGAUCUGGCUAUUUGUUUUUAUGAAUGGGGUAAUACUGAGGCAGAAAUAUUGAUAGAAUGUGUAGGGUGUCACCUGCAGUUUCCCAAGGGGUGUAUCAGAUGGGCAUCCCCUCCCUCAUGAAGUGGAUAUUGUUAAUGCUGUGGCAGGCUGCCUGGUCUGUAUUUUUGAAAACACCAAAAAGUUAACUGUUUUCAUUACUGAAGAUUUAAGAAAUUAAUUUUUCCUUUGCUUUAAGUUUAACUAAGCUUCUUUUUAAAAUGUUCUAAAUAUCUUGUUCGACCCCAAGAGUUGAAACUCUUUGUAGCGGCCUCAUACUCCAAGCUACACCAAAGGGUUCCUGAAUUCCUACGACUGCUAUUACAUAGUUUGGGCUUUUUGUUUUUAAAGGUGUCCUGCAGCAACUGGAUGUUCGAAGCUUUGCAGGCACCUCCUUGCUGCAAUCGAUUACCAAGGAUUUAGGAUAUUUGUUGCACUUUAGUAACAGUUUUUAAUGCCCUAUGCUUCCCUCCACUUCCCCCCCUCAGCUAAUUUGGGCUUGCAAACCUCUCGUUUUCUGCGCUGCUGACUAGAGGGUGUAUUCUGUCUGCGAAGGCCAUACAUAAGCUCUUGCUCACAUCAGUGGUGGUUCUGAGGGGCUCCUCAGGGAGAGAAUAGGCUUGUUUGAAGGAGGGAGGCAUAUUGGACUUUAAGUUGCUCCAUCCACUUCUCGCUAACAGCAUCAUUACAAUUUUUCAGAAGUAAUAUUGUGUUUGGAUUUUUAAUCUCUGGAUAAGUGUCUUAGUUGGCUUUAUUGAGGCCUGUCAAACUACGGGACUGAGAUUUGUAUUGGCCCCCUAGGUCUUUGAGUAUGAAAAUGAUUGGUUGGUGUGUGUGUGUGUGUGUGUGUGUGUGUGUUUUGGAUACGUGCUUUUUCCCACUCCAAGCUAGAGAAUAGCCAGAACAAUGUGGGGGGCUAGCAGAUUGCACUUGUGAGGAAAUGUGACUUGGCAACACCCUGGGAAGGGGUGUCUUUUUAUGCUGGCUGGCAUCUUGGUGGAAGUGGAUCUCUCCCUUCCUCUUCAGGAGGAAAAGGAUCCCCAGACUGCAUUGUCUCUGGAGUACCCUAUUUGAGGAUCCUUCAGAGCAUUGCAGCAGCUUGAAGAAACUCUCAAACUUCUCAGCCACAGAGAUGUGCUGAUGCAUAGAAGAAGUGUGUGAUAUUGUCACCCCAGUAGAACUAGCAGACUUAUUCUGCCCUCAGUACCUUGGGGAUGUCUGGGGGUUGACCUUUUGAGGCAGGAACCUUCUGCUUAGGUGUCAGAUGCCUCCCAUUUAAGUUGCAUAGCACUGUCUGUUCCUAGCCUCAACAAAUAUCACAACUGGUCUGUGUCCCUCUUCUAUUUACCGAGAGACAGUAGGAAUUCUGGUGCCAUGAGCCUCUUGGCCAGCUACUUAAAGUGCUGCAAAUAAGACUCCUGGAGCUCCAGGAGUUAACAGGAGACUUUAGAUAUUCUAAUAUGUUUUUCUGAUCAUCUUUCCACAUUCAAUCUGCAUUAUCCUGGCUUGAAGCCUCAAUGAGUUGUCAAAGUUUGGGGUCUAAUAACUUAUUUAGUACCCUAAUUUUAAUAAAUAGUAAAACUCUCCUUCAUUUGAUUCCUUCAAUCCAAAUGUCAGCAAUUGCAAGAAGAUUGGUCUUUAUUUUUAAAAGUUUUUUUUCUUUUUUACAGCUUUGCCUUCCCUAACUACUUUUUUUUGAUAGUUUUCCUUGGUAUUGUGUCUUGAACACUAGCUAUGGUUUAUGUACUUUACAAUAAAAAGAUCUAAUAUAUUUUGAAACAUGUCUGGUGCUGUCAUGAGGAGUUUCCAGUCCAGAAACCAAGCAUUGUUCCCUCAUGUGCUUACCAACCUUUGGACUUUUCAUGUGUGGUUCUCUUACUCCAAAGUGUACAGGUGGUCCCUCUUCAAUGCUGAGUCUAUUUCAAACUAGAUCCACCAUUGGUGGUAAUGCAAACAAAACAACUACAGACGUCAGCGUAAGUGCUAUCUGCAUAAGGAUUACUAGACCGAGUCUUUCAAAGGUUAUCCUGGGGUUGUCUUUUUGCAGUGUUUUUGUUUUGUGUUUUUUUUUCCUGGGUAAAACUUUAGUUGGCAUCGCUCAAAGUUGAGAAGUCUUUUUUGCCAGCUCUUUAAAAAAGAGUCCCACCUCUCUGCAGAGUUCUAGAAGUUUGUGCUUCUGGCUGUCUUUAAAAUGUAAAUUGCAUUUGAAAAUAAGCUGUUAAAUUAGAACUGCUAUUGCUCUGUCUCCUAGCUUAACAAUCAGAAAGGGGAAAAACUCUUCUCUUUCCAUUUCUCAUGCUGGAUCUGCUGCAAACUUGUCUGUCUCUGGCAGGCCUCAUGAAUGUCACUGAUUUAAGAUGGUGACUCCUAGCAGGAGGCUGAGGAAUGGUUUUAAUUAGAACACUUCUGGAUUCACAAUUUAAAUACCGCUAAAAUGCCCUCUGUGCUUCUAGGGUGCCAUGCUGAGUACAUCAUAUUUUUUUCCUAAAUAGUAGCAUUCUGAUUUGCUUAAACGUAGCUCUGGCUGGAUAAGUAGCAGAAACCAUAGUGAUCUGUGCCUCUCUUUCCUGUGACAGUCCUCUGCUGAUGCACAGUGCACCCCCAUCCUAAACACGCUACCUUAAGUCUACCUCUGCAGUAAAGAUACUGUGUUCUGGCUCCAACUUAAAAUGAAGUUGAUUGCAAUUGUGCCUCCUUUGUGAUGUGAUAUUAGUGGCUCCCAAAGCAGCACUUGAUAGAGCAAGGUUUGCUGUGUGACCCAGAUGGGAAUGAGGUACUGGAUUUGUCUUAAAGGAGCUCAAGACCAACUUAUGCAUUAUCUGUAGAGGCCUCUCCUCUAACAUGGUACAAAUGACACCUCAUUCUAACUCUUAUGCAUUCUGUGUAGACAGCAGGUACCUUUACUUCAGAUUUAUUUUUGUAUUCUUCAGUGCAACUUUUUCCUGUUUUCCGUCUUUGCUGUUUGUUCAGUUGUACAGGUUUUGCCGAAGUGGUCAGGAAAGCCUUUCAGGGCUAGUCUCAACUCUUUGAGCUGGUUGUGGGUUUGUUUGGUGUGGGGUUUUUUGUUUGGUUUUUGUUUGGUUUUUUUUUUUUUUUUUUUUAAAAUGACUGCCUGGAGAGAUUGGGGCACAACUAGUUGGACUCAAGGCAUCUUUCUCUUUCGGGCAGAUGUCACCCUGUGUAUUGGCAGGCCAUCCUCCCCAGUUGUACAGAUAUUUUAUAUAGACCACACAUAUGUAUAUCUGUAGAUACAUGGUUUUUUAACUUUUUGCACUGAUCAUCACUCAAAGUGAAAUCUUGAAUUAAAAAAAAAAUGGAGACUUUACAUUUUCACACAGAUCUAGAGAACCUACUGUAUUUUAUUUGCUGGAACAAUGGCUCAUGGUGUUAGUGACACCCACAUGUAUUCUGUAGCUGACUUGCAGUGGCUUAUGGGGCUGCUUGCAAGUCCCAGGUCAGACUUCCAUACUCUCUCCUAACCUGGAGAAUGUCCAGAUGUGAGGUGAGUUCUGGCAACUCUGGUUUGGUUAAUGGCCACUCCAGUCCCACCUCUUUUUCAUUUCUGGGGUCAGGGGGUGAAGGUUGGGUCAUUACCAGCUGUUCAGAAAUGGAAGCUAGAGCCAGGUAGCUUCUAACAAGGCCUUAUUCACAGACUUGACCAACUUGGCUUUAAAAUCUUUCAUAGUCUGGUACAGUAAUGUGGUCCCAAUUCCUCUCUGUAAAUCUGCAUAUAGUAUGCAUAAUUCAUUAAACUAUCAUCUAAAUUCGAGACACAGUAAAAUUAACCCAAAAAACACCCCACGCCCCCCAACCUCAAUCAUGACGGUAUUUUUCGUACCUAAGGAAAGUAGAUGCUUUUUGUUUCUCUGCAAACAAAGGCUGGGGAGGAAUUUGUAUUUUUGCUACACAUGGCUCUAUGUAGCUGAAAUUAAUCAGUUCUAGUGGUGGAAUCAAAAUUCUGAGCCCGUCGCCUGGGCUUGGUGUCCCCUUAGGAAGAGAGUGAAAAGCUUUGCUAGUAACAGAAGAGAAGCAUUGGCACGGGGAUUUCUUUAGAACAUUGCUUUGCUGCUUAAGCAUCUGGCAACCUCAGCCAUUCCACUUAACCGCAUCUAGGUAAAUUACACAAUGAUAGGAAGAUGUGGGUUGGCACAUCUGGCUUUUACCACCUGCUAAAUUCUAAUCCAGCUGUUGUAAAUAAAUUUGAGCUGUGGCACACAUGAGCUGUAAUCCAAAGGCUUGGUUCAUCUCGAAGGUUAGUCCAUGAGUUGAUAUUUUGGCAACUGACAUGCACACUUCUGAGUUAGUCAGUCAGGUAGCUUCUACUGUAACGCACGCGCACACACACACGCGGGCGUAAGCUUUUUCUUUUUUUUUCUUUCCCCAAGUUCUCAAACUCUUUCCCAGGGUUCCUGUGCAGGGAAAGGGUAGGGCUCUGUUUCUUGGUUUGUAAUAUUGUUAGUAUGAGGUUUUGAUAGCAGUGCUCACUGGAGAUGGCUCUAAACCAAAACUCCCAGAUCCCAACAGCCCUGAAAUUUGGGAGAUGUUCAGAGCUGGACCUGAACCCUGUGGCUUGGACCCACCUCUAGUGAUAAGUAGUUUUAUAUGCCAAAUGCAGUUUCCCUUUUUGAGACAGAGAAAGGGAAUGCUAAUCUGAUGCUCUGACAAGCUCCACAGUACCCCUUCCCUCAUUUUCAAACCCCUCUCUCCCCCCCAUGCUCUUAACAGAAUUCUGGCUGACUUAAAUUUUGUUUUUUAAAAGAUUCUAACUUUUUGUUACAAAUAAAUAAAUAAAAAGUGGCAAUAUUUUUUUCUGUAAUAAGUUUUUCAUAGGAAAGCGUAGUUUGUAACAAAGUUGUACAGUUCUGAAGUUUGAAAUACAAAACAAAGUACUGUGUGGAACGCUGUAAAUGGGGAAGAGAUUAUUUUAUGUACAGUACCAUGGGGGAAUCUUUUAAUUCUGGUUGAUUCUUAGGAAGAACUUAGUUCUUCACUGUCAGGGUUUGGAAUUUCAUGGAUUUCAUUUUUUUUCCUUGUAUAGAAUGCUGCAUUUAAUUGAAUAAAAGCAGAAAGCAUCACUU